UCAUCGGAUUAGUUAUGAUCUGCCGAGAUCCUCUCAUGUUUCCGAUGCCGACUUCAAGUUUGUUAUGAAGCAUGAUAAAAGCAAGCUGACACUCCAACCCCAUACAUAUGGUGCACGCCCAUUUCGUCCAUUCCACCUCACCCCGUACGCCACUGUGAAUGUAAUCUUGGGAAAUGAAGCAGCGCAAGAACACAUUUUACCGCACAUUGCAGUAUCAAACUCCAACCAUUUAGGGCAGGACGCAUCUCGGCAUUCCAUAGCACAAGAAAAUAAUUUCCCAGAGGAGCUCCCAGAUUACAUUAGGAUUGUCCAUGAGAAGCACAGCAAUAUAUGGCGCAAAGAUGUUGAAAAGGCAGUAACAAGGUUAACGAAAAUCCAUGUCCAGCGCAUGGCCGAGUAUGCUUCUGAUUUGUUUGCAGCUUGCAAGAAUAACACAACAACUCCACAUGGGCCAUUGCCGCCAAGUGCCUCCACGCCCAUCUUCUCGCCACCUAGAGCAUCCACUAGCAUUGCCGGUGCGCCCAGAGAUGAAGAACCCGUGCUAGUCGGAGAAGAUGUGCACGGUUCACAAUUUUGGGAGGAAGCCACUAGGAUUGCGGCUGAGAUAGAACAGAGUGCUGGCAAAAAAACACAUAUGACGGAUCCAUCCUCUACUGCAAAUGCACGUACUGAACAUCAAGACAUCACUGAACCAACUACAGAACUUCGCCCCAUUAACGACAUUGAAUGUCCUACUUUCAACCUUUUGCCAGAAGGUGAAACUUGGACCCAACAUUUUGCAGCCAACAAUCACCCUUCCCCACGAGGUGUUGCCAACAUAGCGACUUCCACAGGAGGAACAUCAAAGGACACAUCAGGUGCUGCAACCAUUGAGACACAUCUUAGUGAUGUGGCCAAACCUAACGCUCCCGAGCCGGCAACUGAAGAACAACUGAUUGCGCAUACUGUUUCUUCUCAAGCAGAUGCUACAGAUAAUACUGCUUCUGAAGCACCAUGCGUUGAUGUUCCCAAGUUUACAUCUCCAGGAACCCAAGAUUCUAAUCAAGCUCCAAAUGCUGAAUGUGGCCAAUCUCCUUCUACAGUUGAAUGCACUAUCGGCACCCAAACUCAAGAUAAGAAAAACAGGAAAAAAAGAGCUUUCCUAGACCGUAAUAAUGAAGCACAACAAAAAAAGCUCAAGAACCUUAAGGUUACUGACAAAUCAAAGGAUGCAUAUGACACCUACAUUCUCAGAAGGUGCAUAAGGAAGCCUGUUGACAAUGAAAAAAGGCCUCCUUUUGUUGACUUUGGAGAAUAUCAUGUCACAUAUGAAGAAUUCCGCGAAGCUUUCAAACCCCGUGGAUGCAUCGACAAAAACGUCAUGGAGCUUUUCAUCCGGGAUUUCAACUUGGUGACCAACAACCAUACAACCAGUGAGCCAUUGUGCACCAAGUUUGCAUUCUCACAAUCUUUGACCACAAAGCUCAUGGUCCAUGAGGAUAAGUUUGACCCUAAAACAUGUAUUACAGAAUUCCAGAAAGUUUACAGAGAUCACCAGCUCAAAUCAAAGGAUAUGCUAUACUUUGCAAUAGUGGACACUAAACAUUGGGUCCUAGUGUGCAUCAACCUUCUCCUCAAACAAGUCAAUGUCCUCGACUCUAUGAUUGGUGUCAAGAAAACUAGAUGCUAUGACAGAGCUGAUUUUCUGGUGAAUAAUUUUAUCAAACUUGCUUCCUUUGCGAACGCAUUUCCUAAAACAAACUUUGGCCAGUUUGUCCAGAACAAUCCUCAGGAAUUGCGCCAGCAGACCACCACAUUUGACUGCGGAGUUUUCGUAAUGAUGUUCAUGACACAAUGGGACGGCAAGAUAAUGAAGCCUUUUGACCAGGAUUUGAUUCAACUUCGGAUGCUCAUCUCCUACAAGAUCCUUACUUCGUCGUUGAACAAAGUUGAUCCGACCUGGGUGUUGAAGAAGAAGAAGUGAUUAUCCGUGCAGCCUGCAUGCUGAGGAAAAAAAUAAAUGUCUGUGCUUCCUUUGAUGUAGAAGCAUAGUUGUAGAUUGCCAACUGCAUCGUUGUUUUCAUCAAUUCCUGUGGAGACAUUGCACUGUCUUUCCAAUAUGUAUACACUAGUGCCUGCAAACUGCAGUAAUAUUUGAAAAAAUAGUAGUGCCUGUGAACUACAAUAAUAUGUGACAAUCUAAUGACGCUUCCGACAUAUUAAAAUUUGUUGGAAGCUCUCUCUGUGAUA